AACCCACGACGUGCAGCUGAGAGCCGAUGCAGUCAGAAUGGUAAACAAGAUGUAUCUGGUUUUGGCACUGUUCCUGUCUGGCACACUCGGAACUGCAGGCGGAGCGGACUUGACGUUGAAUCCCGGAGUUUCCGGAAGCUAUGUUGUCAACGCCGUCAUAGACAGGAUCAGGUCCAAGUGCAUCCUCGGUGACGACCGACUGUUCCUGCGACGUCUGGCCUACGUGGAGACUAACGAUGGCAAAGACUCUAAAACCUACAGGUCUGGGUAUGACGGAGGAAUCUGGCAGGUCGAUAAAUCAAAGUUCCUGAUGACAAAGACUUGUCCAUCAUCCAUCGCAGCUGAGUGUAGUAUUGUCCAGUCAGCCUUCAACAUCGACUGGCGCAGUACAUCCUGGGCUGACCUGAGAAAGCCUCUAUAUUCCGGCCUGGCAGCUGCCCUCUACAUAAAGGAGAACCAGAGCAACAGUCCUCCUGGUGACGUCGCCAGUCAAGCCUCGUUCUGGGCCUCAAAGCUGAGACCUGGUGGCAGCCAAUCUGGAUUCAUAACUAAAGCUAGAGCAAUGAAAGGAAUUGAUUGCAGAACACAACUUGACCUUACGUUCAUUCUUGAUGGUUCGGGAAGCGUCUCACGACGUGACUUUCAACGUAUGAUUGAAUUCGUUAAAGCCGUUGUCACUAAACUGGACAUAUCAAAAGAUGCAGUCAAGAUCGCAGUCGUAGAAUAUGCUUCCAAGGUUGGUGAUGACAUCAAGUUCCAGGACCACACAACCAAAAGCAGCUUGUUGAAAGCUAUCGGCAGAAUCAGUAAGAGUAACGGUGGCACAAACACAUCUGCUGCCAUUCUUCACACCUUUAACGUCCUGCUGAGCUCAGCAGCAGGGGCCCGGGCUAAUGCCAAGCGUGUAGCAAUCCUUUUGACCGACGGCAAGUCCAAUGACAAACCAGCGACCAUCAGCGCUGCUGCGAAGGCUAAAGCGGCCGGCAUCACGAUGAUAUCGGUCGGCAUAGGAAACGCUGACGAGACUGAGCUGAGGGGUGUGGCUACUCAUCCUUCCUGUACCCACGUGAUCAUGCUCAAUUCAUUUAAGGAGAUCGACAGUCUGCUCUACCAACUGAAAGACAGUUCGUGUGGAGCUUCAACUGCUGUUGAGGAGGGACAUCCUAUUAAUAAACCGCUGCCAGAGAACGGCACAGUGGAAGAAACAUUUGUCACCAAUGAGGGUAACCUCACCAGCCCCGACGAAAACAAAGCAGUGAUUGUGAAGGUGGUGUGUGGUACCCUAGAAAUGUACUCCUCCUACAACACCCCCCGUCCUGGACCCGCCUUCUAUGACGUCAGACACAGUGUUACGGAUGGGAGGCCGGGUAUCAUGCACUUUAACGAAACCAUGAAAGGGAGACCACUCUAUAUUACUGUGAUUGGAACACGUCUGACCAUUCAGCAGGUGGCUUCUUGUAUCAACGCCAGUUACAGCAUAGACAUUAAUCAACCUCCUACAGACACCUUCAACAAUGUCACCAACCCCUGUUCCCCUGGCGACACCUGUGACUACGCCCACCCCUCUGACACCACUAAAUUCAUCCAUUGUGACACCAAGGGCAACAUGUUCGUCACCCAGUGUCCGGGUCAAACCCAGUACGACCCUGAUACUGUCAGCUGUGGAUCUAUAGCAAUCGAGGGAGGAAAGGCCUGUCAAAUCUGCCAACCCUAAAAUAAUCCCCCACAUGCCGGAAACCAUUUAAAGUACAGUAAACUACGGUUAUAACGAACUCAAAGGGACUACUAAUUUUAGUUCGUUAUAACCGUAAUUCGUUAUAAGCAUAUAUACAGCAUAACUACAGCAUAUAGUCGGGACUAAAAAGUUAGUUCGUUAUAUCCGUUAGUUCGUUAUAAGCGUGUUCGUUAUAACCAUAGUUUACUGUACACCUGACGUUAUGCAUUCGGGAAACUCUGAUUAACGGAAUGCCUUAACCUUUGUUAUUGAAGCCUGGCUUUCAAUACUGUAGUAACAUACCCUCUGAAGUUCGGAACUGACGUCAACCUCUACACUAACUUACUUCACUGUCUUUGUCCAUGCAACCUCCAACCACUGUGUAUGACAAGCAGCACUGGUGUUUCUGUUGAUUUACCAUUUGUGAUUACCUUAAUGAAAAUAAAUAUGCUUUGCAAAGCUCA